AUGGCAGCAUUGUGCACAUCACUGACUCAACACUGGCUGUUCGGUGUUCUCAUCUACUAUGUCUUCGCGUCCUCUUCCUACUUCUUCGUCUUCGGCAAAGCGACCUUCGCCCACCAAAGGUACCUCAAGAACCAGAUCAAGCUCGAGAUGAAGCAGGCCAACAUUGCCGUUUCCAUCAUGACCAUCUUCACUGCGCCAUGGCUCUUGGCUGAAUCUCGAUCACAAGAGCGUAUACAAGGCGCUGCACAAGCCUCACCACAAGUGGAUUAUGCCUACAACUUUCGCCUCGCACGAUUCCCAUCCCAUGGACGGCUACGCACAGGGUCUGUCCUACCACGCCUUCUCUUUCCUCUUUCCUCUCCAGGAAUUCGCAUACGUCGUGCUCUUCAUUUUGGUCUCAUCCACGACGGAGAGUACGCACACGACUCACCUAUCAUCAACGGUGCCGCUUGCCAGAUCAUGCAUCACUUGUACUUCAACUACAACUACGGCCAGUUCACUACGCUCUGGAACCGUAUGGGCGGCAGCUACAGGAAGCCUAACGAUGAGCUGUUUCAGAAGGAGGUCAAAUGUGCCAGAGCGAGUGGGAGAAGCAAGCCAAGGCUGUCGACAAGAUAG